GCGAUUCUGAUAAAGUGAUUUUACGAGGAAUGUCUGUGCCUCGGAUUGAAGACAUUUUUCACAAAAAUAUUAUUGUCAACAGGAUUUUUAACUUUUAAUUAUGAAUUAUCUUAUUAAAAGUGUGUCUAGUAUUGCUAGACUAUGUAUUGGACACAAUAUUCAAGGAAAUGCGUCUACUCUACUGCGCCAUUGUACAAAUAGCGAUACUACAGGAAACACAUCUUUAGUCAGACAUUUGACGAACUCAAACGCUGCCGGUACAUUAUGGAGUGCAGGGAAGAUUAGUAUUACAUCUAGCCUAUCGAAAAUUAGUAGUGCAGUGCAGGGACUAUCCGGACUUCAACUUGUGAGAGGGAAGGUUUCACUCUAUCAAAUGCAUAGAAGAGGACCCCUGAUCAAAAAGCGAAAGAGGGCCCGUCCUUUAGAUGGAAAUCCAUUUUUGAAAGGAGUAGUUCUUAAAACAUUGAUAAAAAAGCCAAGGAAACCAAACUCUGCAAACCGAAAAUGCGUUUUGGUUCGUCUUUCCAAUGGGAAAGAAAUGACUGCCUAUAUUCCAGGAAUUGGACAUAAUUUACAAGAGCACAAUAUUGUCCUCUGCAGAGUAGGAAGGACGAAGGACUUGCCUGGUGUUAAAAUAAAGUGCGUGCGAGGAAAGUACGAUUUACCUCACCCGGUAAAAAGGACUGGGCCCUAAAUUAUAUUAAUGUUCGAAUAUUAUAAAAAUGGUUAUUAAAAACACGAGACUAUAA